AUACUAGUUUAAUGGGGAGAGUGUUUUUCUUCUUUUAAAUAGGAUGUUAAUUACAAAGCUAUCAGACAUGCAUUCAAGGGAGGAAGUAAUGUUAAGAGAACUCAAAAGCACAUCAACUGCUGCCUGAGGACCUCCAUUUGGGAAUGGUGUCUGGUUCUGGAGAAGAAGAGGCUUUCUUACAAAAUAACUAUCCAGUCAAGACUUUAAGGUUUGAGAGGUCACUGGUGUCAAGGACCACGGUGGAUUGUAGUCACUAGCUGGAAGAACCUGUCAAAGCCUGUCGUGGUGAUAGUGAUUUGCGGGGGAGGAAAACCACGCCACAAAGUGCACAUCACUCACCAGAGAAACAAAAUGGAUGAGAAGUCUACCACCAGGAAAGGGUCAGGUUUCUGCUCAUUACGCUAUGCGCUAGCUCUCAUCAUGCACUUCUCCAACUUCACCAUGAUAACACAGCGUGUGAGUCUGAGCAUUGCCAUCAUUGCCAUGGUGAACAGCACACAGCAUCAGGACCCAGCUAAUGCAUCCACUGAGGGGCCUGUGAUGGACCUCCUAAGUAACCGGACCAGAGGCAUCAAGGACUUUAGUAACCGGGCUGCUGUUUAUCAGUGGAGCACAGAGACCCAGGGGAUCAUCUUUAGCUCCAUCAGCUAUGGAAUCAUACUGACGUUAAUACCAAGUGGAUAUUUAGCGGGGAUACUGGGAGCAAAGCAGAUCCUUGGUGCUGGGUUGCUCAUCUCAUCCCUGCUCACGCUGUUUACUCCACUGGCUGCUGACUUUGGAGUGAUUUUGGUUAUCGUCAUUCGCACAGUUCAGGGGAUGGCACAGGGAAUGGCAUGGACUGGUCAGUUCACAAUUUGGGCAAAGUGGGCUCCACCACUUGAACGGAGCAAGCUCACCAGCAUUGCAGGCUCAGGGGCAGCAUUUGGGUCCUUCAUCAUCCUCUGUGUGGGGGGAUUAAUCUCACAGGCACUGGGCUGGCCUUUUAUCUUCUAUAUCUUUGGUAGCAUUGGCUGUGUCUGCUGUGUCCUGUGGUUCACAGUGAUUUACGAUGACCCCAUCCAUCACCCAUGCAUAAGUGAGAGGGAAAAGAACCAUAUCACAUCCUCAGUGGCCCAGCAGUCUAGUUCUCCCAGAAGAUCCAUCCCCAUAAAGGCAAUGGUCAGAUGCCUGCCACUGUGGGCUAUUUUCAUGGGGUUUUUCAGUCAUUUCUGGCUUUGCACCAUAAUCAUAACAUACCUACCGACGUACAUCAGUACAGUGCUCCACGUUAACAUCAGAGAUAGUGGGGUUCUGUCCUCCCUGCCUUUCAUUGCUGCCUCAAGCUGUACAAUUUUAGGAGGUCAGAUGGCAGAUUUCCUUCUAUCCAGGAAUCUUCUCAGCUUAAUCACAGUUCGAAAACUCUUUUCAUCCCUGGGGCUCCUCCUUCCAUCCCUUUGCGCUGUGGCCCUGCCUUUUGUGACUUCCAGUUACGUAGCAACCAUUGUUUUGCUGAUACUCAUUCCUGGGACCAGCAAUUUGUGUGACUCAGGGUUCAUCAUCAACACCCUAGACGUUGCCCCCAGAUAUGCAAGUUUCCUCAUGGGCAUCUCAAGGGGAUUUGGUCUUACUGCAGGAAUCAUCUCGUCCACCACCACCGGAUUCCUCAUCAGUCAGGAUUCUGAAUCAGGAUGGAGGAAUGUGUUUUUCCUGUCUGCUGCUGUCAACAUGUUUGGUCUGAUCUUUUAUCUCAUAUUUGGACAAGCAGAAAUCCAGAACUGGGCCAAAGAAAGAACUCUCACCCGCCUCUGAGGAUAUAGGGUUGGAGAUCAACCAAAGUGCUGACCCUUAACAUAUUUUGCUUAUCACCAUUCUUUCUUUGUACUUAUGUCCAUAGACACAGUACUUCUCUAUUCUGGCUGGGUGCUAGCUUUUGCCAAAGAGCUUCAAAAACAGAUGCCCAGGCUACCCUCCAGAGUGAGUUAGUCUGGGGUGGAACUCUGGUGCCACUAAGUUUUAGACUUCCUAGAGUUUUUCCAAUAUGCAACUGUGGUUGAUAAUCGGUAGAGGAAUUGGAAGUCAAUUUUAGUUGCCUUUGGAUUUUCCUCUUUGGAAAGUACUAGAUGAAUAAAAUUAUAUCUGAAAUAAUCUGAUAAAUACCUUCAUUUAGACAGCUAGGAACACAGAGAAGAUUUUAUACGAAUUGUACUUUUUUAUUAUUUUUAUUUUAAAAUGUUAAUAAAAGGCAGGAAUUUUACUUUUAAGAUAUAAAACUCAGCAAAGAACAGAAUUGAUACCUAUAAUCAUAGAAUUAACUUUAUUCAUUUUAUAAUACUCCAGGAAGCAUGGGUGUCUAUACAGUUAGAUGCUGUUAAAAUAAACAUGCUAAGAUUAAACAGAGUACAUUAAAGCUAUGUAGAGUAGGAUUUUUUUCUAAAGGUGGAACAAUAUUUAUGAAUCCUAGCCAACUUCUUGGAGGUUGUGACCAGAAAACGAUGAGAAAAAGAUUCAAUGAAUGAGGUUAAAAUGGAAUACAGGAAGAGAUUGAAUAGAUACCAGAAAGGGCAAAGUGGACACCAAAACACUAUCAGAUUUUAGUCAUGUGGUGAAAAUAGAAACACUCUUAAGUGAACACCAGGGAAGAAAUUGGUAAGGGUAAAAUGGGCUUGAGAGAGGCUUGGGAGGAAAUUGCAUAAGAGGCAUUCACCCUGAAGUAGAGACUAUGUGACCCUCAUAUUCUCCCAAAUAGUCAUAUUCAACUAUAAAAUAAAAUACAGUAGUAAUUGGUUUGGGAUUUUAGUGUGUACCAUAUACUUUAAGGUACCUCCAUAUAGAUGGCUUAUUCUAUAUUUGCCUCAAUUUUCUCAGAAAAAGUAGUUUUUUAAAAUCAUAUUAGGAAUUUCAAAAUAACUGCAGGACAAGAACCUUUGAUUAAUUCAUAAGGGCAAGAGGACCUUCUAAUUAGCUUAGAUUAGAAGCAAGAGGUACUUUUGACCAGACGUUGUAAGGAUAACAGUUGAUGUCAGGUCCUGAAGGCGAUACUGAGAUAAUAACCCAUUGGUUCUGCUUUCCAAAUGUUUACAAUACUCAGAGAAAAUGAGUCUGUAGAAAACUAGAAGACUGGAAAGAGAGAGAUUACAUAAUAAAUUGGAAUGUUAUGUAUGAAGGGCGAGAAUGCUCAGAAAGAAGGAAUGAUUGUAGUCUGGGGGUUAAAUGGAGAGAAGGAAGAAAGAAGUGGAUAAGAGGAGAUAUGGGGAGAGACAGCUAUAACUAAGGGCCAUUUGAGGGGUCUUAUUGAAGCCUUACUACCAUAGAAGCUUCUUAAAAUAUAUACAUACAUGAAUAAAAUAAAUAUAAAUCAAAUCACCAAGAAAUGGAAGACAAAGCUCUAAUUAGGCAUCUGUUACUACCAAAUGAAACCUCUAGUGCUAGAGAUGGCUUACAUCUAAUUGAGUUGUUGGCUGGAUGCCCCAUGGAAACCCACAAAAAAACCAAUUGCCAAGGCCAUUGGUGACUCACCAGAAACUGAUGGUUAGGUCCUAUUGUUGAAGACAAUACCGCCAUUACUCAUUGAACACUGAAAAGUUAUACUGGUGCCCACUUAGAAACUUACUGACUAGUUCAUGGUUGAAGAAGGCACUCUUCAUGCUACCAGAGGAGAAAGAUAAGCACCAACUGAGCUAAAAACUUUGGAUCUACAAUAGUGAUUUGCUUCAACAAUAUGCUGGUAAAUAAUAGCAAAAAAGUUGUGGGAGUAACCAACUAUCUGACUGUAUUUAAGGUGGCUCACUCCACGAGAAAAAAACCCAUGCCUGAGAAUCCGAGACUAGAUAGGUCAUAGACCUGUGAGAAAGGCAAAUACUACUAUUCAGCAAGAGGAAUAUGAAAAUAAAAUUACCCCUAAUCACCUUCUGUUAUACUUACAGAUCAGUGUCUUGCUCAGCCAUCAUCAGAGAAACUUCUUCAUGUAGUAGGUGAGAACAAAUACAGAGAUCCACAACUGCACUAUGUUCAGAAAGUGAGAGAACUUGGAACACUCAUUACGGAUUGUCUCCGUAAAAUUCUUCCCAAUAGUGUUCAUGGAACUUUGGAAAAGUAGGGAGAAAGAUUUUAAGAGCUAAUGGGGAUGGAAGACCCCAAGGAGACGAAGGCUUUUAAAUACAGCAAGGCUGAUGUACAUAUGAACUCACAGAGUUUAUGAAAGCAUACCUAGUAUGCACAAGUCUAAGCCAGAUGGGGUACCAGCACUGAGAAGAGACAUGGACCCAAACCUCCAUCCCUCCACAGAAGCUGUCUCCAAUUGACAACCAUUCAAAAAGGAAAACUUUGUUUUCUCUAAUGGAGUCUUACUGGGUAUACAAAUUACACUUAAAGGCAGGCCCCAUGCGUAACAGUAGACAGCCAACACAAAAUCAAGUCAAUGGUAUUCUUGAAGGUUGUUCUUUGGUUUUGCUUUGUUGACUCAUAAUGCUUUGUUUGCUUUUUUUUUUUUAAAUAAAAUUACCUUACAGAUCUUUUGCUUAUA